ACAUGGAAGUAUUUAUAUUGUAGCAUUCGCCUGGUAAUGGAGAGGUGUUCAUGGAGCAACAACCCGAGGUACAGCAGCCAGAGGAACAAGGUCCGCCAGGGCUGGUGGAACAAGUGGUGGUGUGUGGGGAACCUCCACCUCAGCCCCAACCCCCACCUUUACCUCCACCCACACAUCAGCCUCCACCACCGUAUCAUCCUCCACCACUCGCUCUGCCUUAUACCAUUGCACCCUUCGGUUUUACCGUACAACCUGUGCUUCAACUAGCCCGCCAUCCUCACCCUCAUGUCACCCAUCAGGUCUAUCAUCUCUCCCCACCCACCUUCCAAUACCCGCCACAUGCUGCCAACAAUCAACCCGCCUAUGCUAGCAUCUCUCAGCCGCCAGGACUGCAGUAUUACGGAGUCAGAUCCCAUGGCUCAGUACCACAUCAUGUGUUCCCCAUAGCUGCCACCAUGCAACCUGCCACACUCACUCCGACUCAGAUUGUGCUGACACAGGCUCCCAGUACGCAGUGUGUAACACAGGCAGUGUCUCAGCUGUCCCUACCCAGACCCCAGCCUCAGCAACAGGUCCACAGACAGACACAGCAGUACAGCCAGACCCAGCUGCGCUAUCUACUGGCUGCGUACCGUGUUGGCAUGUUAGCUCUGGAUACACACUAUCUCGCCGGGUACAUGGAUGAUCGUCCCCAGGCCAAAUAUGGCCCGCAAUCCUCCGUAUGGAAAAUCCUGAGCAGGAAAUGUGGCGAGGCUGACAAAACAGCCGAGCACGUCAUACUGGAAUGUCCGGUGUUGCAGAGCAAACACUCAAGAUCCCUUGGUUUACUUAGGCUUAAAGAGGGAUUGAAGCAG